AUGGCGACACCAGAGACCAAUAUCAGCGAGCUCUCCGAGUCGCAACAACUGGCCUUGCAAACAUACACCUCUGUUACAGAUCAAGAUGUGCAGGCAGCGAUACCUCUACUCCAACGGUCACAAUGGAAUGUCGAGAUAGCUAUUACCAAAUUCUUUGACGGCGAAGGACCAGACCCAGUUGCCGAAGCUCUAGCAGCACAGAAUAUUCCUCCUCCACAAGCCAGGAGACAAGAGAACCUACAGCAAAGCCUCCUCCGAGCUCCAUCCGGGCGCAACUCUCCCAAUAGACCUGACGCCGCUCCGCGAAUCGUUCCUCAGUCGGCUGAGCAACUCGUCCCACGACCCUCCCUCAUUCUCGCGAUCCUAUACAAACCCUUCCAACUUCUCUACAAACUCUUCUCUCUACCCCUCAACUUUCUAGCCUACCUAUUCCCCUUCCUCCCACGCUUAUUCCGCCGCGACACAACUUCCGGGACAGUAAGAAGGAGAGUAGACACCAGUGGCCGGAAACCACUCAAUCCAGAUGAUGCCGAACUACGAGUCCAGCGUGAAUUUACCGAAGAAUACGGCGAGAAUGAGCUUCCAUGGUCCAACAAAGGCUACGCAGCAUGUCUAGACCAAGCAAAGCGAGACUACGGCUUCCUCAUAGUCAUUCUCCUUUCCCCGGAACACGACGAAAUCUCCAGCUUCUGCAGCGAAGUCCUCAUGAACGCAGAAGUCACACAGUUUCUCCGCGACCCCGCAAACAGGAUCACAUUAUGGGUCGGCGAUGUGCGUGAUUCGGAAGCAUACCAGGUAUCUACAGCUUUGAAGUGCAAUAAAUUCCCCUUCACGGCUCUGAUAUGUCAGACGCCCGAAGUAAGCAGCACAGCAAUGUCCGUAGUAGCACGCUCAACCGGUCCCACAGACGCAAGAACCUACCUUGCGGGAUUACGACCCAAGCACGCGGCACGCAGCGAGACGUUAGAGACAUCACGCCAAGCACAAGUGUUCCAAAAUGCUGAGCGAAAUUUGAGGCAAGAGCAAGAAUCCGCAUACGAGAGAAGUUUGGCACAAGACCGGGAAAAGGCUCGAUUAAAAAGGGAAGCAGAGGCCGCGGUUGCAGCUGCUGAGAAGGCUAAAUUGCAAGAGGAACUUGACGCUGCGGAUCUUGCCGCUAAAAAGGAGCAAUGGCGAAGAUGGCGAGCUUCGCAAAUUAAAGCCGAGCCAAGUGUUGAUGAAAAGGACCUUGUGAGGAUCGCGCUCAAGAUGCCGGAAGCUGCGCGUAUUAUGCGUCGGUUCGUGGCUUCGGACAGUAUGGUGGAUUUGUACGAUUUCGUGGAGUGUUAUGAAUACUUGCAGGAUAGCGAGAGUUCAGAAAAGGUCCCUGAGAAGCCAGAGAACUACGAGCAUGAGUAUCGAUUCAGGCUUGUGAGCACGCUGCCUAGGGUCGUGUAUGAGGCGGAUUUGGCUGCUACUAUUGGCGACAAGGUAGGCAGGAAUGGCAAUUUGAUCGUUGAGCCGGUUGCAGAGGACGAUGAUGAAGAGUGA